AUGGGGAAGCGGAAGUCGACGCGCGCGAAGUCGGCCCCCAAGAAGAAGGUGGAGAAGCUGGAAACGCUCUUCUGCUGCCCGUUCUGCAACCACGCCGGCAGCGUCGAGUGCACCAUCGACCUCAAGAACUGCAUCGCCGAGGCCACCUGCUUCGUGUGCAAGGAGAGCUACUCCACCAAGGCGCACGCCCUCACCGAGCCCAUCGACGUCUACGGCGAGUGGAUCGACGAGUGCGAGAAGGCCAACGAAGGCGUCGAGCAAGCUCCCCGGGACUCGUACUACGACGAUGACGGCGAGUACGCGUGA